UUUGCAAGUCUUGGUAUCAUGGAGCUUACCACAAUAGUAAGCUAAGAUUGUCUAAUUUUGUUGGCAAAAUAAAUGCAACUAUCCACAACCUAAGGCACAUGGAGAUGCAUGAUGAUUUUCACAAUAAUUGUUAAUAGUUAGUUGUUUGAUAUAACAAUAUUUAGGUAAUUAUUACUGUUUAGUCAAGUUUGUAUUAUUUUCAGUUAUUUAGUUCAAUUUUUGUUAUUUUUCUUUUUUCUUAUAUUCUUCUUUCAAUCUAUAAAUAAAAGGAUAAUCCCAAGCAUAAAUUGAUUUGGUUUAUGCACUUUCAUUUUCCAUUCUCUGAUUUAACUUUCUUGGUAUAAGAGCCAUUGCCCUAAUUGUAUCCUCUGUAUUUCUUUUCCAAACCCUAUUUUUUCUUUUUUUCUUCUGUCAUUAUCCAUCCAUGGCGGACCCAACUACAGAACCUGAUUCUGCCUCCUCCAUUCCAAUCUCAUCCCAUGGCACAAAUCGUUGGCCACACCACCUCUGCCAGUGCCUGGAAUGCUCUUCUUUGUUCUUUUUCAGGGGCUUCACAAGCACGAAUCCUCCAGCUCCGCCUACAACUUCAAACGACAAAGAAAGGUUCCAUGAAUAUAUCAUGAAGGUUAACAAACUUGUUGUUGCUAAUGAACACGUGUCUAACAAAGAUCAUAUUCUGUAUCUGUUAGCCGGUCUUGGACUCAAAUAUAACUCAUUUGGUAUGUCUUUAACAACAAAUACUAAUCCCAUUACCAUUGAUGAUAUUACUAGCAUGUUAUUGUCUCAUGAACUCAUAUUGGAAAAUCAACAUUUGAAGGAACCACAUAUUGUUUCUGCCAAUAUUGCUGCAAGAACUCAAAAUUUCACUAGAAAUUUUUGACACCCUACUAAUAAUCGUAGCACUGGAUACUACAGUGGCUUCUCUCACUCGUCUCAAAACAUAUUACUGUCUAAUAGGUACAGUGGAGAACCUAGAGCUUCAUGUCAAUUAUGUGGAAAACAGGGUCACUUAGCCUAUCAAUGCUUUUGUCUCUUUGACCCUAAUUUUCAAGGUCCACAACCUCGUCAAGGUCCUCAAGCCAUGAUAGCAACUCAUUCACAACCUCAAGAUGAACCAUGAAUUCUCGAUUCCGGUGCAACACAUAACUUCAGCAAUCAGUUGGACAAUCUUGAUGUUUCAACUCUUUACAGCAGUGAUGACAAAGGGACUGUUGGUAAUAGUUGCAAUAUCCCUAUUAUUCAUUCUUGUUCUUGUUCUUUAUUUCAUAAAAACUCUACUUUCUCUCUUAAUAAUGUUUUCCAUGUUCCUUCUAUGAAAUUUAACCUUAUUAGUCUUUCUAAAUUUACCUUAGAUAAUAAUGUCAGUGUUGACUUUUUUGCUAACUAUUUUCUUGUGAAAGACCUUCAAUCGAGGAAGCUCCUUCAUCAAGGGACUCUUCAUCAUAGUAUAUAUACUCUUCAAGCUACUAAAUCUCAUCUUGCAUGUUCCUUUAACUAUCAUGCAUCUUCAUUGCUGAACAAUACCUCAACUAUUUCUGCUUUUUUCUGCUCACUGUAAUAACAAUAAAACUGUGCUUUUUGACAUUUGGCAUACCCAUUUAGGUCAUGCUCCUUCGAAUAAUGUUUCUAGAGUUGUAAGCUCUUGUAAUAUAACACGUACAAGAAAUAUAUUUGUUAUUUGUUCUUCUUGUUAA